AAAUAGAGUCUCAACAACGUUAAUCGAAUAUAUAAAUAAAAACCAAAUAAAUUUUAAACAAAUUCUAUGACUAAUUAGCUAAUGUUGUGGAAUUUAAAUUGAUUCAGAUUCCAUUUCGGAUUCACGCAAUGUGCGCGGGUUGAGCUUAAUUAAGCAAGAAUUUUAAUAAAAUAUCAACAAAUCUCCAACACAGUGCUGAAAAGUGUUAAAAACAACAGAAACUACAUUAAAUUUUUCACAAUUGCAAAACAAAGAAACAAAACUCAAACCAACUGCAGACGGCGGCGGCUCACACAUUUUUUUGGAUUUAUGAAAUCAAAAAGAUGAAAUCGGACGCGUAUGAGCUGCACAACUACGCCGACUCGGAGAUGGAGCUGGACACAGAUCAAGCUGAGCCACUGAGCGCGAAGGAUUCACGUAAGCGGAAGGCAACCACUGCGGCAGGCAGUCGACGGGGCGAGAAGUACUCGCUGCGCCAGAAGAGACAGCGCCGCCUGCCCAGCGAUCUGCCCGCCCCGAUAGCCGCGCCCGCCCYAGAGCURCAGCCUGCAGAGACCGUCUCCAGCAMGGCCAARGCCAAGAGCCCGGYCAAGACGAAAGCGCCUCCGCUCAGCAAGUAUCGCCGGAAGACAGCCAACGCCAGGGAGCGCACGCGCAUGCGGGAGAUCAACAUGGCGUUCGAGCACCUGCGACACUGUGUGCCGCAGUCCAUUACGGGGGAGGAUGCGGCCAACACCAACGAGAAGCUGACCAAGAUAACGACGCUGCGGCUGGCCAUGAAGUACAUUGGCAUGCUGACUGAGUCCCUGCAAGAUCCCAGCUACGAGAGCGAGUUCCUAGUCGAGUGCCUGCGCGAGAGUGCCAGCCGGGAGGCGCACGUCAGCGUGGACACCGAGCCAGAUCUGGAGUUGGACAUUGAGCGGGAGCGGGUGCGGGAGCCAACGCCGCCAGCCAAGCCUAAAAAGCCAGCCAAGUCCAGCAAAAAGGCGCCUGCCAAGCGCCAGUGCAAGCAAUCCAAGGCAGCUGCAGCAACAGCCACGCCCACAAUGACAAAUGCCAAAAACGUGCCCAUUAGCUCGCCGGAAUCGUGUUAUGCAUCCUCUUCCGUGGGCUCGCCCGCCUUUUGCGCAGCCGCCUCCUCGCCCAGCUCGGCCUACGCAUCGCUCUCCUCAGCCGCCUCUAGCAGCAGCAGCAGCAGCAGCGGCAGUGUGCACGGCAGCGCAGCGCUGGAUACGGACAGCCUGCUGGGCAUGCAAGCGCUGGACGAGCUGAACACACUGCUGCUGGAGUCGGACAGCGACUCGCUGCACUGCCUCAACAGCUAUCAUCCUGAGCUGCUGGUAUCCGCAGACGCCGCGCUGCCUUCCCGGGGCGACUUGCCCAUAUCGAUGAACCUGACGCUGGAGAAGCCGGAUGUGGAGCUGAGCYUGCGAUUGCUGGACCACUCGACAGACUCCUUUGACUUUGCCAGCGAUCAGCAGCCAUCGGCCUGCAUCAGCCCGUUGGCUGCUCUGGACGGCUUCCAUCCAUUCGCGGAUCUGCUGCACGGCGAGUUCUCCGAUAUAUUUCUGACGUGACAAGCGCAGCAGAGCGCUGCCUAGAUUAUUAUUUAAUUAAUUAAUUAUUUACAUAUAUGUACAUCUGUAAUUUGUUACUUGCUGCGUUUAAGUUUAACCUAGUUCUAAAAGCAAAGGCGCGUUUACCUAACCUCAUUCAAGCAAUAACCGCGGAAUUCAUCGUGUCAUAGCAGGCAGGUAACUGCACAUGCAUGCUCAUAGCAGACAGCCCAUGUCCAUAUGUUUCUCUGAUAACCAAAUUAGCCACUUAAGCAUUUCUCUAAAGCAUUUUUUUUACACCCUAUACACAACUUGAAUACUGUAAAUAAAUCACAACAUUUUGUUCA